GCGGGGCCAGCGGCGGCUGCCGCAGUAGCAGCCGCGGCAGGAGCUUAGUUGCAGUUCCCAGGGUGCCUCGCGGCUCCAUUUGAGCCCCAUCUUGGGCGAGGGGGCUGAGCAGUUUGAAUUUCAGCUCCUUCGGCAGCGCUUGAGAGCGAAGCGCGUACGGAGUACAAAAAGAGAGAGCGAGAGGGCGAGGGCGAGGGCGAGACGGGCCCAGCCCAACCCCACCGCACUCUGCUUUGCCUCGCUCGGCUGAGGAGGGGAGCGCGAGUCCGGCCGCAGACAGAGCGCGAGACAGGCGACUCCGGGAGGGAGGCCCGCCCGCCUGCCUGAGGGGGCCGCAGUGGAGCCCGGCUCGUUCUUCCGUCCACCCCACCCCCGCGCGCUUUCCCCUCCGCCUAAGAAGAUGCGUCUGGUGCUGAUCUCCAGGUAGAGAGCGGAGGCAGGGCGGCCUGCGCCUCCGUCGGAAUUGCCGAUUGCGGCCGCUGCCGCCGCCGCCGCCACCGCCCCUCUUCGGAACCUGACGGACGGACUGGACUCGCGGCCUUGGGCCCGCCUUGGGGACCCCCCUCCCCCUGGUCCCGCCGGAAGCUUAGCGGAAAAGCGCCUGGACCGAGAGCGUCACCCCGGCCUCGCGAGCCUGUGAAGGACUGUGGAAGGAGCCGGGGCUGCAGAAGGCGACCGCGGGACAGACAACUCCACGGAGAGGAGGAGGUGGUGGCGGCUGCCGCCUCCGCCGCGUUGCUGGUGCGGUUGCCCGCUUGCCCGUCCGGCGGCCCUCAGUUCGGCUGAGAGGAGGGAAGAGGAGGAGGAGCCGGGCCGCCGCCCCCUUUUUGCCUCUCGCUCUCUUUCGCUCCUCUCCAGCCCUGGGCCUGGUGGCCGCCCGCUGAGCCGGGAGUGCGUCGUCGUGAGGCCGGAGGAAUGUGCGAUACGGCCGGCGUCUGCGCCGUAGACAGAACGUGAUCCUCCCCCCGCUCCGCCGAGGGCUCGUCUGGCCGGCGCGGACUUCCCCCCCCCCUUCCUUCGCCGACUCCGCGUAGUUUUUCGCCGACUCCAACGAGGGCAGGUGGGCGGAACCCCCAAACCACCUUCUUCCUCCGGCUUCUUCCAGCACGCACUCUCUCCCUCCCCUCGUCGUCCUCCUCCUUUCGGGGGGAAGAAGAAAAAAGCACCAUGUCCAAGAUGCCGGCCAAGAAGAAGAGCUGUUUCCAAAUCACGAGCGUGACGACGGCCCAGGUGGCCAGCAGCAUAACCGAGGACACGGAGAGCCUGGACGAUCCGGAUGAAUCCCGCACCGAGGACGUGUCCUCCGAGAUCUUCGACGUGUCCCGCGCCACCGACUAUGGGCACGAAGACGUCUGCGAGCGGAGCUCCUCCGAGGAGACUCUCAACAACGUGGGCGACGCCGAGACUCCCGGGACGGUCUCUCCCAACCUGGCCCUGGAUGGGCAAGUCGCUGCUGCUGCCGCCGCCGCCGCCGCCGUGGCCUCGGGAGGAUUACAACCGCCGCCUUCGCCUGCUGUGCCUGCCGCCAAUGGAGGAGCGGUUCCCAGGAGUACCGCCAUGCCCGCAGCGGCUGCCACCCCAGUUUCCUCGGUGGCGGCAGGAGGCAGCAGUGCGCAGACAGCUGCUGGCCCUGGAGCUGUGCCGCUAACGGCUGCCGCUGCCUGCAGUUCCCGCUUCAGGGUGAUCAAGCUGGAUCACGGUACUGGGGAGCCCUACCGACGGGGGCGAUGGACGUGUAUGGAAUACUACGAUCGGGACACGGAUGGUGGGGCCGUUUUAGCCAGGACUGGGGAUUGCAUUAGACACAACAGUACUUUUGAACAGGCUGUUCAAGAUAGGGAUAGUGGUUUGGGUGCUACUGGCAGCUCCUUGAUAGUCUCAGGUGUGGCAACUUCAGUGCAUGGCCCCGACUCCCUUGCUGACAGCUCACUUGCUGCUAUGUCGCAGCUACUCCAGCCAGAGAAAAUAAACCAGCCUUCUCCACAGCAACCUAAUUUUGUCAUUGGGCAGCAGCCCAUAGGUGGGGCUGUGCCUCACAGUAGUGCUCAGCCCGUCUAUUCAGGGGCUACAGCAGCAAGCCAGCAAAUGAUGGGGCCUCUGCUGCAGACCCAGCCACAGGUAAAUGUGCAGAGCACGGGACAAGCUGGACCCAAUGGGAAAAGCAUGCCACCUUCGAAUGUAGCAAUACCCCAGACGAGUUUGCCCAUGCCACAACAGCAGGUACAACAAGCGAAUGUACCAGGCACUCAGACUCAGCAGUUUGCUUAUUCUCAAUCACAGAUUCCACCAGUGCAUCUGGUGCAGGCCCCAGCUCCUGGCCAGCCAGAAUUCAUUCAGCAUAUGUCAGUAAUGCAGUCUCAAGGAGCUCAACAAGCUGCUUCAGGCACUGUCCCAAGCACUGGAACUUCCAGUCUUCCAGCAGCACAAGUAGCUGGACAGAAUCCCUCACCUAUAGUACCAGCGAUGGGAGUUUCUUCACAGGCUGGUGAAACAGUAGGACAGGGAUCCGGACUAAUGCAAAGUGGCUUGACAACUCCAAUUCAGACUGUCAUUCCUCAGCCAGGAGGUGUGGUGCAGCAAGGCAUUGGACAUGCAGGGAUUGUGCAACAGAAAUCCAUGACUCAGCAGCAGAUGGGUGGAAGCAGUCAAGCGGCUGGUGCUCCUCACAGUAUAGUUUCUGGAGUUCAGAAUGUGCCUGCAGCUGUACCUGGUACUAGCGUGCCUAGUGCAUCUACAACUUGUGUUACUAUGCCAAAUGCGCCUGUUACUUUAGUCCAGUCCCAAAUGACCAGCCAUACGUCUGUCAGUAGGAGUUCCAGUGUUGUCCAGCAGCACAUUGGCCUUCCUCUAAUGCAAGGCACAACCAAUAUACCUACAAAUCUGCCACAAUCUAAUAUUGGACAAUUUCAGACUCAGUCUUUAGGCCAGAUUGAUGAUACUAGAAGAAAAUCUGAACCCCUACCUCAACCACCACUUUCUCUUGUUGCUGAAAAUAAACUUGUGAAGCCACCUAUUCCAGACACUUUAACAAACCCUCUUAGCUUACCUGCAACUACUCCCAUGAACAGUCUUGCCAGCUCUGUCUUUGGCAUAUCUAUUCCUGUUGAUGGUGAUGAAGACAGGAAUCCUUCAACUACUUUCUACAAAGUGUUCCAUUCGAACAAGUUACGAGAAUCAAAGAACCUCUGGGAUAGUGCUUCUGGUGCAAGUGUUGUAGCCAUUGACAACAAAAUAGAACAGGCAAUGGAUCUGGUGAAAAGCCAUUUGAUGUAUGCAGUCAGAGAAGAAGUAGAAGUACUGAAGGAACAAAUAAAAGAAUUAGUUGAAAGAAACUCUUUACUUGAACGGGAAAAUGCACUGUUAAAAUCUCUCUCAAACAAUGAUCAGUUAUCCCAACUUUCAACCCAACAGGCCAACCCCAGUAGCACUUCUCAACAGCAGACAGCGAUAGCACAGCCUCCGCAGCCAACACAACCUCCGCAGCAGCCGAAUGUCUCCUCAGCAUAAAGCUUUCUUGCCUCGUUAAGAAACUGAAAGCAAUCUGUCCUUGUGUGCCACUGGUAUUCUUUCCACUUUAUAUGAAAGCAAGUAGCCAUGCUUCAGUUGUGUGUUUUGGCCUUUUCAGUAUUAGACAAUCAUUCUACAAGAGCUUUUCCUCACUGAGAUGUCAUACAGCACAGUUGGUGUCCAAUUACACCAUCAGUGUACAAGGGAAAAUGAUAGAAGGAGUAACAAUGCAAAAGUCUGCAUUUAUUUUGGUGCACAUGAGUGGGGUCUUUAAGAGCUUUGGUGAGGCUCUUCAAGGUUUCCAUUACUCAUGGAUUACUUUGAGCCUUGCUUUUCAUGUAGUAACAAUUCAUCCUUAGAGCCACUGUUUUCUCAAUUACAAGUAACAUUUGCCUACAUUAGUUUCAUUUAUUUGUGUUUUAUUUAUUACAGGGCUGCUAUUCAUAAUGUACAUGAACAAUGUCACAGAACUUUUAAUUUUUUUAAAAUAAAUGUAAGUAUCAGUAAAAAUUGAUAGACAGGAUUGAGUUUAAUAGAUAAAAUGUUUAGGCAAUAAUUGAACAAAAGAAUCCUGGCAUAUUUCUAACACUAAUGGCAAUUUACCUUUUGGUAUUUAUUUUCAGUAGUUAAGACCCAGCUUGAAUGUAAAUUUUUGUAUAGUGUAAGUAUGAAGACCAUAGUGCAUCUGUACAGGUAGUCGCCAGUCAUUGUGAUAUAAUAAUUGAUGGGCUAUUUUGAUGAAGAAAACUUUGCUCAUUUCUGUUUCUACUUUCUAAUAGAGAAAUUGCCAUGAUUCCUCUGCUUUUUGACAUUUCGUAUGAUUUAGGGAUGGGUGGGUAGGAAUAAAAAGCUGUGAAAUUGUUCAACCUACUUUGUAACCAAAGAAGCAAAGCUGUGUAAUUGAGUUUUAUUUUAUAAUGCACAUUCUUUAUGUAUUUUUAUUUAGUGUUCUCAUUCACAUUUUCUUUGCUGUCUAGCAUGAUCUGCAUGACCUAUAAUCUUUGAACCACUUUCGUACCUCAUGUUUUAUCCAGCACUCUUAUUGUGAUAUGUAAUAGUCUGUGAACAAUGUCAAAUAAAAAAAAAGAAAGAACAGCUAGUGUUGGUGGAAAUGAGCUGGUGUGUUACACACUAGUUUAAAAAUGAAGUGAGCCAUCUUUUGUUCAUUUAAAAUGGUGUUUUGAAUUUCGUAUGCAGAAAACGUUUUGUUACAUUGCAGAUUUUAAUGUAUUUAAUAAAUGCAACAUGCAGAUUAA